AUGGCAUCCCAAAAAAAACUCACUGACGCCCAACAAGCCUAUGAUGAACAGAUUGAGGAUGUUUCAUAUGACCCAAUAUCUCAAAAGCAACAACAGGGUUAUCAUGCAUCGACACCUCAAGAUACCAAGUUGGAUCGCCAGCUCAACCUGAAGCUUGACUGCGUCAUUGUCUCUAUAUUAACAGUGGGCUUCUUGCUCCAAGCAGUAGACAAGUCGAACAUAAGCAACGCUGCGACCACGGAAACGUUCAGCCAGGACUUGCAUCUCAAGCACAAUGACGUGCCGAAUGCCGUAUCUCUCUAUGCCGCUACUUUCAUCCCAUGUAUGCCUAUCUCCGUCAUGCUGGGGAGAAUUGUGGGGCCUCGUCUGUGGCUACCGUUCAUCAUGGUAGCCUGGGGCGUGGUGACAAUCACUCAGGCUGUCAUGAAAAACCGUGCACAGAUGAUGGCCCUCCGCUUGCUUCUCGGUGUCUUCGAGGCUGGAUAUGUUCCCACCGCAUACUACUAUAUCGGCACAUUGUAUCCUGCAUACCACGCCGGACUUCGGAUGGGGAUGUUGGCCCUGAGCUUUGCGUUCUCGGGGGCAUUUGCUGGUCUGAUUGCCUAUGGAUGCUUCCAGAUCCGGUCGACACAGUGGAAGGACUGGGAGUUACUUUUCCUUGUCGAAGGAAGUGUCACUAUAUUUGUCGCUGUCCUGGCGCUGGCAAUGCUACCGAACAAACUGAGAACAGCCUGGUUUUUGAAUGAAGGGGAGCGAGCACAUGCGAUCCGUCGCAUGGCUACUGAUAGAGGGGCACACGAAGACAUGGCAGAAGCCAAUGCUGAGGAAUCUGAUCAUCGCCUCACCACGAAGGAUAUCGUCAAGGCUCUGAAGGACUGGAAGAAAGUCCUUAUCAUUGUGUGCAACCUGUGUGCCACUACGCCUGCGUAUGGCUUUGCCAUCUUCCUACCUCUGAUGGUCAAGGGAAUGGGUUAUGAAUCCAUUAAGGCAAAUUUGAUGACAGUCCCCCCGUUCAUGGUGGGUGGUGUAGGCCUUUUAACCAUUGUCUGGCUCUCGGACCGCUUCCACGAGCGCUCCGGGUUUGCCAUUUUAUCGAUGUUGAUCUCGAUUGUUGGGUACAUUGUCCUCAUCGCCAGUAAAAGCAACAAGGUUCGCUACGGGUUCCUCCAUGUUGCGCUGAUCGGCUCGGGCACUGCAAACCCGCUGAUUGCUGCAUGGUUGACGGACAAUACACCAGACCAUGCCACACGUGCAGUCACGAUGGGUUUAUUCGGGCUAACUAAUAUAUCUGCAGUCAUUGCCGGGCAGAUAUUCAGAGAGAGUUAUGCACCAUCGUAUCGGAUAUCCGUGAUCGCUGUUUUGAUUAUCGUGGCAGUGGGAUUACUUGGGUUCGCGGCGAUUCGUGGGUUGUAUAUGCUAGAGAACCGCAGGCGCAAGAAGGAGACAGAAAAUUGGACCGCUGAGGAAUAUGAGGCGGAGAGACUUAAUUCGCGGCGCAUUGGCCAUGAAAAGAAAUACUUUGUGCUUAGAUACUAG